UUAUCUGUGCGAAAACGUGAGUCGUACGCAGUGGUACGUUUCUCUACAUGUAUAUACGCACAAUUACAUAAGUACUGUGCUUUACGUGAUGUUGGCAGCGAAUUUGAUUGGCCGAAACUAACUAUAUACAGUUUCACCGAAGCCAACUUUGAUUGUGAACAAAUAAACGCUUGCGUAUAUAAACGCUCAGCUCAAUGCAAGAUUGGUUUUUGUUUCUGACGAAUGUACUUAAUAGUGUCUGAGCUGCCGAAAGCAUUUAUUUGCCGAAUUUCAAAUGAAUCAAACACGCAUUCCUCGAGAAACAAAAUUUGUGUCCCCGGCUGUGAACACUUCAGCUCCCCCGAAGUCCCUCGGACUUUCUGUUCCACUCAUCAAAAAACUUCUUCACGAAAAUGACCUCGAAACAAAACAAUGGAACCUUUAUCAGGUGAGUGAAACAAUCGUGAAGCCUGCCACUGCGUCCACGGGAUGUGCGUAUGUGGACCUAUAUGCCUCAGAGCGGGACGAGACCGGCCAACUUCUCGUAUCAGAAGCCACAUGUUUUGUUUCACACGCGUGGACAUACGAACACUCCGGCUUUCUGAAAACCCUCUUGAAAUAUUCUCAGUCCAAAUCAACCGCCGAAUAUUUCUACAUCGACUGUUAUGUCCACCCCCAGCAUGGCGGCACAGUCAGCCCCGAUUACCUGAAAAACGUGUUCGGCCAGCCGAUUCGCGACUCGGACCAUUUCGUGGCGGUCAUGUCUCCGUGGGACAACCCGGUACCACUCUCCAGAAUCUGGUGCAUCUACGAGUUUCACACUGCUAUAACUCACAAGAAGCCAUUCGAGGUCGUCUUCACGGCUGAAGAAGACGAGUCGUGGGCGGAAAACAUUACUGACACCGACCUCAUUGUCAGCAAAUACUCAGAAAUUGACAGCAGAAACGCAGAGGCCUCAAAACCAGCAGACAAGGCCAAUAUCCUGCAACUUAUCGAGGAAGGCGUGGGAACAAAAAAGUUGAACGCUGAAAUUAUGCAAAAAGUGCGAGAUCUGCUGGUGGACAAAUGCAUGGCAUACUUGGCUAAAGAACCGAGGUCGAGAGUCUUCCGAUUGGUGUGUGACUUUUCACCAUCGAAGACCCUGCUCGAGCAGAUUUUGGUGCAUAAACAGCGGGUUCUGGAUGAGGCCGGUGACGACGACGACGUUGCUCAUUCCCAUGUGGCCAGCGUGUGUCAACAGCUUGAGACGAGGAGUGACGCUCUGCAUCAUUACCAGCGGUAUGCAGAAAUACGGACCAGCAAGUUCGGUGAAAAACACGAGUCAUUGGCCAUCCCUUACAACAACAUGGCCAACACGCACUCUGCAAUGGGCAAUCACAAAGAGGCUCUCCGUCUGUACACGCUGAGUCUUGACAUCAGACUAGAGGCGCUGGGGGAGCGGCAUCCGCAAAUGGCCGCCUCUUACAACAACAUGGGCAGCACGCACAAUGAUAUGGGCAAUCACAAAUAG